UACCAAUUAAAAUCUACCAAAUUAAAUGAUCCGGUCCAUUAGAAAAUCACAUGCCCAAGAUCUGCAAUAAUCUAACCAAUCUCUUCGGUAUACGAAUUCAUCCGAUCUACCAUCUCAGCCAGACAGUCGUACGCUAUAUUGCUCUCUCCGUUUGCAGCUCCUCUUCCCCUUAGGUCGGACGCAGUUCGUCUAAUAUCCCAAGGAUGGAGUCUAGCAGGGGACAAGGUGGAAUUCAACUACUCUUAGCAGCAGAACAAGAAGCUCAACAAAUUGUCAAUGCUGCAAGGAGUGCAAAACAGGCUAGAUUGAAACAGGCUAAAGAAGAAGCUCAGAAGGAGAUAUCAGAGUUCCGUGCGCAUAUGGAAUCUGAAUUUCAGAAAAAGCUCACACAGAGUAGUGGGGACUCCGGUGCAAAUGUUAAGCGUCUAGAGGUAGAGACUGAGGCCAAGAUUCAUCACCUGACAACAGAAGCUGCAAGAAUUUCUCAUGAUGUUGCCCACAUGCUUCUAAGGCAUGUUACUGCUGUGAAGCACUAGUGAUCCCCCUUGUGAGUUUUAUUUGAAGGACCAUGUGAGCUUUAUGUCAAACACCAUUUUCUCUCUCCCUCUCCUUCUGUGUGGUAAAUUCUUUUUCAAUUAAUCUGUGCAUUGCCAACUUGUAUUGUAAUUUUUUUCUUCUGAAUCAUCCCCAAUGGUUAGUUUCUCAUUGGUCUUGACUCCUGAUCCAAUAAAGCAGUGAAAUUCUGUGCAUUUUACCUUGGACUUUAAUUUUAUUUUGGAGGAGCAUCAACUCUGUUAUGACUUAUAAUGAUUGACAAUACUCCCUAUAUAUUGCAAGCCCUGGUGAGAGUGUGAGCUUUAUAUGUACCCUUUGUAAUGCCCUGCGCUUGUUGUUGUUGUGACUCGUGACUCGUGAGCUUAUGGUUCUGUGAAUAGCAUUCUCCAAGUGUCUUUAGA